AUGGCCCAACAACAGAAUGACAAUGUAAUGCGGAGGAAGCUUGUCAUCAUCGGUGACGGUGCUUGUGGAAAAACCAGUCUGCUGAGUGUCUUCACACUCGGCUACUUUCCAACUGUGCCGACAGUAUUCGAGAACUACGUAACCGAUUGUCGAGUUGACGGCCGGUCGGUACAGUUAGCCCUCUGGGACACGGCCGGCCAAGAAGAUUACGAGCGGUUGCGGCCACUGGCAUACUCGAAAGCACAUGUCCUCUUGAUUGGUUUCGCAGUGGACAGCCCCGAUUCACUAGAGAACGUGAAACAUAAGUGGAUCGAAGAGGCCAACGAACGAUGCCCCGGCGUGCCUAUCAUCCUAGUCGGCCUGAAGAAGGAUCUGCGCGAAGACCCAUUGGCCAUUGAAGAAAUGCGCAAGAAGUCUCUCAAGUUCGUAACAACUAAAGAGGGCAAUGAGACGGGGACUCAAAUCGGCUGCCGCAAGUACCUGGAGUGCUCGUCCCUCACGGGUGAGGGUGUUGAUGAUGUCUUCGAGGCAGCUACCCGGGCUGCUCUGUUGACCUUCGACAAGCGGAAAAGCUCCUGCUGUAUUGUUCUAUAA